CGUGUGCGCUCCUUUAGCAGCGCAGCCUGUGUGUGUGUGUGUGUGUGUGUGUGUGUGUGUGUAGCAGCACGAACCACCAUGAGCCUCAAUAAACACCGACUGAGCGACUCUUUAUUCAUCUGGCUGCAGACGUUUCAGGUGCCGUCGUGCGCGAGCAAAGAUGAGCUGACCAGCGGCGUGGCCAUCGCACAUGUGCUCAACAAAAUAGAUUCGUCCUGGUUUAAUGAGACGUGGCUCAGCAGGAUAAAAGAGGAUGGCGGCACAAACUGGAGGCUGAAGGUCAGCAACCUCAAGAAGAUCCUGCAGGGCAUGAUGGAGUAUUAUCAUGACGUGUUGGGUCAGCAGGUGUCUGAUGAGCACGUGCCUGACGUGUGUCUGAUCGCUGAGAUGGGGGACCUGACUGAACUGGGUCGUCUGCUGCAGCUGGUUCUGGGCUGCGCCGUCAGCUGUGACCACAAACAAGAGCACAUUCAGCAGAUCAUGAUGCUGGAGGAGACAGUGCAGCAUGUUGUGAUGACGGCUAUACAAGAGCUGCUCACCAAAGAGAGGGUGGAGGCAGGAACUCCAGAGACGUUCGGGGAUUUCGACAGUCAGUCCAGGAAGUUUUAUUUUCUGAGUGACGAGACGGAUGAUAGAGACCGCACGACCCAGCGCUGCCGAGAGCUCCAGCAGCAGGUGUCCGUUCUGAUGGAGGAGAAGUCCUCGCUGCAGGUGGAGCUUCAGUCUCUGCGGGAGCGUCUCAAUCACUGCGAGCCGCACCACGUCUCCUCCACCAUCACCAACAAGAAGCUGCUGCUGCUGCAGAGUCAGAUGGAGCAGCUGCAGGAGGAGAACUACAGGCUGGAGAGCAGUCGAGACGACCUGCGUGUGCGAGCAGAUGUUCUGGAGCGAGAGGUGACCGAUCUGCAGCUGAGGAACGAGGAGCUCACCAGCCUCGCUCAGGAGGCCCAGUCCCUCAAAGACGAGAUGGACAUCCUCAGGCACUCGUCUGACCGCGUGAGGCGACUGGAGGCGAUGGUGGAGACGUACAAGUGCAAGCUGGAGGAUCUGGGCGACCUGUGCAGACAGGUGCGUCUGCUGGAGGAGAGGAACCAUGUCUACAUGCAGCGCACCUGUGAGCUGGAGGAGGAGCUGCGCCGAGCGAAAGCCAUCCGCUCGCAGCUCGACACCUACAAGAGACAGGCUCAUGAGAUGAGCGCCAAACACUCGGCAGAGGCCAUGAAAGCAGAGAAGUGGCAGUUUGAGUACAAGAACCUCAACGACAAAUAUGAGACGCUUCUGAAGGAGAGAGAGAAGCUGAUAUGUGAGCGCGAAACACUGAGAGAGACUGAAGAGCUGAGAUGUGUUCAGGUCCAGCAGCAGUGCUUAACAGAUUCAGGAGCCGUCGGCAGCCUGGCGGCAGAAAUCAUGCCAGCAGAGCUCAGGGAUACGGUUGUGCGUCUGCAGCAGGAGAAUAAGAUGCUGUGUGUUCAGGAGGAGUCAGACAGACACAGACUGGAGGAGCUCCAGACGCUGCUGGAGGAGUCACAGCACUGCCAGAACACACUCGAGACCCAGAACCGGUUGAGUCAGCAGCAGAUCUCAGAGCUGAGCGCUCAGGUGGAGGAACUGCAGAGAGCUUUACAGGAGCAGGACAGCAAGACCGAGGACGUCAUUUCGUCGCUGUUAAAGAAGAAGCUGGAGGAGCAUCUAGAGAAGCUCCAUGAGGCUCAUUCUGAACUGCAGAAGAAACGAGAGGUGAUUGAUGAUCUAGAGCCGCAUGUGGACAGUAACAGUCAUAAAGACUCUGGACCCCAAGCAGAAGUCUAACGCGGUUCCUGCUNNNGUUCAGGUGCUGAAGAGCCAGCUGACGGAGAAAGACAGAAAGAUACAGCAUCUGGAG